CGAUAGCUGUUUUGGAAAGUGAAAAUUGAGGAAGAAAGAGGGACCGGAGUUUGCUGCUUUGAGGCCUGCGUGAUGUCUUGCUUUUUCCAAACUCUUUCUAAGAAAUACAGAUCCAGGCAGGAAAAAGAAAGUAUUGAAGAGGUGCAAUUACGCCAAUGGGGGUUGACAGGUAUUCAUCUGCGCCCCUAUCAGAUAGAAGGUGUAAAUUGGAUGAUACGCUGCUAUGAAACUGGGCAUAGCUGCAUUCUGGGUGAUGAAAUGGGACUGGGGAAGACUUGUCAGACUAUUUCUCUGCUUGUUUUUUUAAGUGGGAAGCUUCAUAGAAGGCCUUUUUUGAUCCUUUGCCCUCUCUCUGUAUUAAAUAACUGGAAGGAUGAACUACAAAGGUUUUCUCCAAGCCUUUCCAUUGUGAUAUAUUCAGGAGAUAAAGAAGAAAGAGCCAAACUGCAACAGAAUUUGAAAUCAAAUCAUAGUUUCCACGUUCUGCUGACCACUUAUGAGAUGUGCCUCAAGGAUGCAGCAUUUCUAAAAUGUUUUAACUGGACUUGUCUUGUUGUGGAUGAAGCACACAGACUGAAGAAUCAGGAUUCAUUGCUUCAUAAAACACUAUCUGAGUAUUCAACAGAUUUCAGUCUCCUGCUGACUGGUACUCCAAUUCAGAACAAUCUUCAAGAGUUAUAUUCCAUGCUUGCGUUUAUUGAACCAGUUAUAUUUCCCAAGGAACUGGUGGAAGAAUUUGUUUGCUAUUACCAUGGAAUUGAAAAAGACAGUGAAACAGUCAAAGAACUUCACAGUCUGUUGCAGCCUUUGUUGCUCAGGAGAGUGAAGGCAGAAGUUGCAGAAGAAAUUCCAAAGAAGGUAGAAGUCGUUCUCUACCAUGGAAUGUCGGCACUACAGAAAAAACUUUAUAAGGCUCUUCUCAUGAAAGAUCUAGAUGCAUUUGAAAAUGAGUCGGGAAAGAAAGCUAAACUCCAAAAUGUGUUGAUUCAACUCCGGAAAUGUGUAGCUCAUCCAUAUCUAUUCAAUGGUGUUGAGCCAGAGCCCUUUGUCAUUGGAGAUCACCUCAUUGAAGCCAGUGGCAAACUGAAUUUGUUGGAUAAGCUUCUUUCUUUCCUGUAUGAUGGUAAGCAUCGUGUCCUGUUGUUUUCACAAAUGACCCAAAUGUUAGAUAUUCUACAAGACUACAUGGAUUAUAGAGGUUACAGCUAUGAGCGCCUGGAUGGAUCUGUCCGAGGUGAAGAGAGGCAUCUUGCCAUUAACAACUUUGGUCAGCAACCUAUUUUUGUUUUCCUUCUGAGUACCAAGGCAGGUGGAGUUGGUAUGAAUCUUACAGCAGCAGAUACAGUUAUUUUUGUUGACAGUGAUUUUAAUCCACAAAAUGAUGUGCAAGCAACAGCAAGAGCCCACAGGAUUGGCCAGAAGAAACCAGUAAAAAUUAUCCGUUUGAUUGGGAGAGACACUGUAGAAGAAAUUAUCUACCGACGAGCAAUAUCAAAACUCCAACUAACUAAUACCAUUAUUGAAGGGGGGCAGUUUGCACUUGGAGCUCACAAAACUCAGGAAAUAGCAGAUGUUCAGCUAAAUGAAAUCCUGAAGUUUGGUUUGGACAAAUUGUUGUCAUCGGAAGGGAGUACUGUCUGUGAUAUAGACCUGGGAAGUAUCCUUGGGGAGACAAGAGGAGGAAUAUGGUUAAUGGAUCCAGUGCAGUCAAUCACAGAAAUAAAUGAAGAGCAAACUUUGGAAAGCCACAUGUACAUAUUUGAGGGCAAGGACUAUUCCAAGGAGGCGAGCCAAGACGACAAGAAGGCAUAUGAUCGUUUGCUAGGAUUUCAGAAAGUUAUCCUUGAAGACUUCAGUCAAGGAGGAAGAAUUCUCCGAAAUAAAGAAAAUAUUGUCAUGACCGUUCAUAUGGGACCUAGUAAAAAAAGGCGUAAACUGAGCCCAGAAGAGCUGGAAGUUCAACAGAGAAAACUGCAGGAGGCAGCAGCAAAGAGGGCCAGGCUCAGAGAAGAGAAGAGGCAGAGGGCAGCAGAGACCGAACAGCGGGAAAAGAUAGCCUUGUGGGAAGCCAAUCACUAUCAGUCUUGCUGCCUUGAGUCAGAAGAAAGCAGUGAGGAGGAAGAGGAAGUAGAGGAAAAAAGUCAACUGGAUUUAGAACAUACAGACCCUGAACUGACAUCUAUCAAGUAUAUUAUGGGUGAUGUUACCCACCCCAUAGUAGGAGAUGAGGAUGCCAUAAUUGUCCACUGUGUAGAUGAUUCUGGCCACUGGGGAAGAGGAGGUUUAUUCACAGCUCUGGGGAAUCGUUCUGAUCAACCAAAGAAAAUAUAUGAGCUGGCGGGAAAGAUGAAAGACCUGACAUUAGGAGGAACUCUUUUAUUCUGCAUUGAUGAUAAGGAAUCCAGGAAUAAAGGAACGGAUUUGCUGGCCCUUAUUGUAGCACAGCACCGGGACCAUUCAAACAACUUGUCUGGAAUUAAGCUCCCUGCAUUAGAAAAAGGAUUUAAAAAAAUUUAUCAAACAGCCAAGAAAAGAAAUGCAAGCAUUCAUCUUCCUCGCAUUGGAUAUUCAACCAAAGGCUUUAAUUGGUAUGGAACAGAACGCCUCAUUCGCAAAUACUUGGGAUCCAGAGGAAUUCCCACAUUUGUAUAUUACUUUCCAAGAAAUAAAGCAUCGUCGUCUUCUCAAGAAUCUACAACAACACUACAACCUUAAAGAUUUUCAAUUAUUAAGCAGAAAUUGCCAUUUUCAAUUGAUAAGCACAUCUAUAGCACGUUAACUCUCAUGUAAUUUUCUUAAUUUUUGUUUGUAAGCAGAACCCUAACCCUAACCUAUGUUUGUCUGCAUCCAAGAUUACUAGGCAGUAGUCAUAAACAUCUGUCCACUGAAGAUAGCACUGAUAGGGAAGGUUUAAUUUUUGCACAUGAAUCCUGAGACCUAUUUAGAAAGUACAAGCUUAUUUUGAGAUGCAUUUCUUUCUCUUCCUUACAACCACCAAAGAAAAGGAAGUAGCUGGCCUUACUGCCUGAGGAAGAACUGAGCCUGACCUGAAUAUGAUCCAGCAGGGUAGAAGGAAAAAGUGGAAAAACCUGAAUCAAGAUGAUAAAGGCUAAACAUGCAUUCAAAUGUAUACAGCCAUCUACUCAAAAUGCUUUAAAUUCCUGCACGAAGCAAGGCCCCUUCCACCUCUAGACUGGAAGAGUGAGUUAGCAAGCAUGUAAGGCAGCAAAUGGUUGUGUGUCCUAAUAGCAGCACAUAUUAGUAAUGUUCUUUGAUUUACAUGUAAUGUCACAUACAAUUUUGCUAUCUGAAAAUCAAUAUAAUUUUGAUCAAUAGAUAUUGAUAAGGUACUGAUAAACCACCAAAUCCACCAAAGAGGCUAUGAAACAGAAGUGUAAGGGAGCAUACUAACCUUCCUUGUAUAUAUUAUUGUAAAGCAGAGAUGCUAAAAUUCCUACAAUACAUCACUUGUGCCAAUAUGGCAUGGAGAAGGCUGAAGCAAGCACUCAUAUUCUAGUACAACAUCAAUUUUAUUUUGAUCUACAAUGCAAGCUAAUUUUUCCUUCUUUAUCGGAAAUAUAUGCAAUAGCCCAUAAGAAUUACUAUGCUGUCAAAUUCUGCCAUUUCACUUUUAGAUGAUCAGCUGGAUGAUGAUCUCUGUAGUAUAAAAAUUAAGAUUAUCACUAGUAUUCUUUAAUUAUAUAUCCUAAUUUUUAGGUAUAUUUACAAGUAUUUUUGUGUUUUGUUUCUAAGUGUAUGGGCCUCAAGCUGUACUAAAAUUUGAAAUUCCACAUUUGAAAAUUUGAUUGUGAUGGCUUAUUACAUGUAGAUAAUUUGUUCUGAGACUUGAUAGUGGUUUCAUGUGGAUUCCAAGUUUAAAAUCAUACAAAAUUCACUCUUAUCAGUUUCAUGAUGGUCAGGGUGCACUCCAUGCUAACAGAUCUAUUAUUUGAUGGUGGUUUGAGGAGGAUCCCAUGUAAAAAUCAUAAAGGAGAAUCCAUUUUUUAAGUGGAACAAAAGCUUAUACCUUUUAAUAAAAUUAGUCA